GGGCUCAUUCAAUUGAUUCAAGAAAACCAGAGGAGGAGACACAUGACCAUGAACUCCACAAGGCUGAGGACAUGAAGGCACAGCGUGUUUCCCUUUGGCUCGUGGCUGCUAUGUUCUUCCUGGGCUCAAUGCGCACCCGAGGUCUGAGGAGGUGUCUGAUUUCCAUGGACAUACACCAUAUAGAAGAGGCUUUCCAAGAAAUCAAAAAAACCAUUCAAGCUAAGGACACCUUCCAAAAUGUCACCAUUUUGUCCACAUCGGAGACGCUGCAUAGCAUUAAGCCCUUAGACGUAUGCUGCAUGACCAAGAACCUCCUGGCAUUUUACGUGGACAAGGUAUUCAAGGACCAUCGGGAGCUGAACCCUCAAAUCUUGAGAAAAAUCAGCAGCAUUGCCAACUCUUUCCUCUACAUGCAAAAGGCUCUGCAACAAUGUCAGGAGCAGAUGCAGUGUCACUGCAGGGAUGAAGCCACCAACGCCACCAGAAUCAUCCAUGACAACUAUGAUCAGCUGGAGGUCCGGGCUGCUGCCAUUAAGUCUCUGGGAGAGCUUGACAUCUUUCUAGCCUGGAUUGACAAGAAUAAUCAAGGAACUUCUGCAGCCUGACGACCAGGAAGCUCACACCCCAGGGAGCAACAGCCCCGGUUGGGCUGCCUGAGGGGAGGAAGACGGGGAAGUCCCCGUUUAUAUGCAGUUGAGGGUGUUUUGAAGAGACCUCUCUCCAUUUUGGAAUUCUCUCUUCUGGGGCUGGGGUAUUGCAGGGAAAAAUCUAGAUUUGAACAGAUCUCCGUGUGGGGCUGCAAGGCCCACUGGCUGGGCCCAGGCUGCCUGAUCCCACCUGAAAGCAGCCAAAUAGUCUGCCAUCAUUUUAUAAUAAAUGGGUCUGUGGAAAGUUUCCUGAGGGCCAUCGUGGCGGGAAUGGGUGGGCUCCCCCCUAAUUUAUUGUGCACUUGUUUAUCCCGUGUCUGUGAUGCGAGCUGAGCGAU